UGCAGAAGCGCAAUCAUUUGUUUGUCGUUGUUAUUUGUUUGGUUUUUGUUUUGUGCAAAGAAAGAAAACAUUUAAUUUAUUUAAAAACUACACAAAAAAAAAAAAACGAUUAAUAUUCCCUCGAAUCUCAUCAAAUAAUUCAAUAAAAUCUAAAUUAUAAUGGAAGUUGAUGAUGAAAUCGAUGAACGUAGUCCAAAUUUGGCUGGCAAAAUAAAAUCCAUUUGGGUGAAGAAUUUUGUAACUUAUGAUGAAUGUGUAAUGAAUCCAACGGAAUAUCUAAAUAUAAUAAUUGGUCCAAAUGGCACAGGCAAAUCAACACUUGUUGCUGCAAUUGUCCUCGGAAUGGGCGGCAGUGCAAAGCUUCUAGCUCGUUCGUCAGCUAUUCAAGAAUAUAUCAAGAAUGGUAAAACCGAAGCAUUAAUAAGCAUCAAGAUUUAUGUCAACAAUCAGAGGGAAACUAAGAAAUUUGUUAGGGAAUUCGAUUCGGAUGGCAAAUCGGAAUUUAAGAUAAAUGGAGUUAUUGUUACCCACAAAGCUUAUAUGCGAUGCAUUUCUGAAUAUAAUAUUCAAGUCGAUAAUUUGUGUCAGUUUCUUCCACAGGAUCGAGUUCAGGAUUUCGCCAAAAUGAAUCCACAAGAACUCUUAAACAACACAAUAUCAUCCGUCUGUGAACAACCUGUCAUCGAAAAGUUUGAUAAACUCAAGGAACUGCAGAAGAAAAAACAAAAUGCCAAAAACAGUUUAAUUGACGAUAUAAAUAGAUUAAAUGAUUUAAAGCAUCGUAAUGAAGGUUUAAAACAAAUUCUCGAACGAAUGGCAACAAAAAAGAAAUUUGCCGAAACCAUUAACAUUUGCAAUGCAAAAAAAUUAUGGAUUGAAACCAAAGAAUUGAAAGAAAAAGCUGCCGAAAUACGAAGCAAUUUAGAUGAUGCUGAGAAAAUUGUUAAAGAACGGCAAUCAAGAUAUAAUACUCUGAUGAAAGAACAAGGAAAAAUAAUUCAACAAACUGCCGAUCUUGCAAAUGAAUUACAAAAACAAGGCGCCAAAUGUGGUGAAGCAACAACAAAAAUUGAAAACAUUAUUGCAAGUAUUGAAGAUCUAGAAACGAAAAUACGAAGAGCGAAACAAGAAAUUGAGACUAAAAAAAAAGAACAAAUUGAACGUGAUAAGGAAAUCGAAAAAGAAAGUAUGAGUUUGAGGAAGGACAAAGAAGAAUUAGAGAGAGUAGCAUCUUCGAGUGGCAGCACAUCAGAACGUGCGGCCAAGAGAGAGCAAGUCACAGAACGUUUAAGUAGUUUAAAAGUACAAAUAUCAGCUCAAAUGGCAAAGCGUUCGGAAAUCAAUAAAGUUCUGGAAGAAGAUUAUGUGGCAGAAAUAACUAUGUUAAAAAAUCGCAUACAAUCUUUGGAGAGUUUUAAAGAUCAACGUUUAAGAUUGUUAGAACAAAGACAUCCUGAUCAGUAUAAAGCAGUUAUGUGGCUUAGAGAAAACUCAAAUCAGUUCCAAGGUCGAAUAUACGAACCAAUGAUAUUAGAACUUAAUGUACCAGAUCCGAAUCAUGCGAAAUAUUUUGAGAAUACCAUUGCAGUCAGAGAUUUGUUGGCAUUUACUUGUGAAGACAAACAAGAUAUGUCCAAACUUAUUGAUUGUUUGAGAAUUCAGCAACAUUUAUCGAUAAGUAUUUUGUAUUCACCUCCAGCUGAACAAUGUCAAUAUCGACCAAAUCAACAUAUAAGUUCUUAUAGUGAAUAUGGAUUUUAUGCAUUUUUAAUUGAUCUUCUUGAAGGACCACCAGCAAUUUUGAAUUAUCUUUGUCGCAAUUAUAAUAUACAAGGAAUUUUGAUUGGAACAGAAAAAGUAAAUGAUUUCAUAGAAUCAUUACCGAGUAAUUUACGACAUUUUUAUGGAGGCGACGUACAGUAUCAUGUCUCGAUAUCAAAGUAUUCAAACCAUCCAAUUCGAUCGCAAACAAGAAUUCAAAGUCGUAACUUCUUAUCGGGUGUGGACAGAGGUGAAUUGAAUAAAUUAAAAAAACGAUACGGAGACAAAGUUCGAGCAACUGAUACUCUUCGUAAUGAACGUGCCCAAAUUGAAGCUAAAACUGACGAAUUGGAACAUCAACGAUCUGAAGCAAUGAAAGAAUUACGAUCAUUAGAAAUGGUUGUUCAUAAACUAAGAGACCUGAAGGAACGACUUCAAAGAAGUGUUCGAAGAGUGAAAGCAUUAAAAGAUUCAGCUUUGGAUAUUCCUCAUUUUCAAGAACUUCAAAGAGAGAAAACCAAACUCUAUGUUAAAGAAAUUAUUGAGUUUCAAGAAACAAAAGCCAAAUGCUUGAUAGAAUAUCAAAGAGCAGUGCAAGAAAAAGAAUGUGCUGCAGCUCGUUCAAGUAUUUACAGACUUGAAAAUGAAGAUCUAAAUCGCGCAAUAACUGAGGCAACUGAUACCUUAGUGCAGGGAAAGAAACUUGUUGAAACUGUAAAAUCUUCCAUGGAUUCAGCUGCCAAAAAAUAUCGUCUUCGAUUAGUGGAAGCUAAAAAUCUUACCAAUGGCUUAAAACCUACAGAUCCUAAUUUUCCAUAUACCCAGCAAUUUACAGAGCUUCCUGAUGACAUAGAUGGUCUUAAAGAUGUCAUAAACGAUACAAGUGCCCGGUUGGAAUGUUUGGGCGAAACUGAUAGAAAUGUUACCGAAGAAUACGAACGCCGCAAUAGCCAAAUAGAAGCUUUAACAAGAACCAUUGAAGAGGCUAAAAGUGGAGAUGAAAAUCUAAUGCAUCAAAUAGAAUCUGUUUAUAAUGAAUGGAUUCCAGAAAUCAAUCACAUUAUUGAAGUUUUAAAUGAAAAUUUUGGCAAUUUCAUGAAAAAUAUGGAUUAUGUGGGUGAGAUUCUGUUAGCAAUGAAAGAUCAGUGGGAUUUUGAAUCGUACGGCAUUCAAAUAUUGGUUCAAUAUCGAAGUGGUGUUAAAUUACAAGCACUUGAUAGAUAUGUACAAUCUGGUGGAGAGAGAGCUGUUGCCAUAGCAAAUUACACUUUAUCACUUCAACAAUUAACUCAUGUACCUUUUCGUUGCGUGGACGAAAUAAAUCAAGGAAUGGAUCCCAGAAAUGAAAGAAAGAUAUUUGAUAUGCUGGUGGAAGAGACAACCAGGACAGGAAGUUCACAGUAUUUCUUUGUGACACCAAAGCUCCUUCCAAAUUUAAAUUGCAACGAAAGAAUGACUGUGCACAUAGUAUUCAAUGGAAAAUUUGUGAAACCAAAAAAUGCAUUUGAUUUUAAUAUUGCAUAGAAAGAGGAACUCCUACUAAUUUUUCUUUUUUUUUUUUUAAACGAACAAAUUUUUCUUUUCCUUAUUUUCGAAAAAUGUUAUUUAUUAUUAAUAUAUGAAUGUUUACAUGAAUAUUUAUAAUUUACAUUAGUAUUUACUGAAACCA